AAGUUAGAAACUACGAGAUCGGAAACUUGUCGAGGCAGAGCUGUCAUCUCAGAGGUUUCACGACGUACAGGCAUUGGUGCAUACCUUACUAGUGAACCAUGGACUCCUACUUCACCUUUUCUUGAACGUCUGUGCGCAGUGAGACUUGUGGAAAUGGCUAUUUCUUUUACUGCUAUUGUGGUGGUGGGGUGUGUGGUGAUCUGUGGAGGAGUGAUGGGCAGCCCUGAUAACAGAGACGCCCCUGACACGCUCCAUCAUCACCCUGGACAUACCAGUCACAUUGAAGGACAUGUUAUGAGCAGUCCUGAAGGUACUCUGUUCAUGAGGAAUGCAGAACUUGGGAGAAAUGAUCUAUACAAAGGUGUAACCAGAGCCUCUAUACACAAUGGGAUGGGUGUGGCCAAUGGAAUGGAUACAGGUCACAGGGAGGCAAUCCAUUCCGUUGUGUUGGAAGGAAAGUUUGGAGAACACAUCACCAAGAAAAUCAAUGAGACCUUUGAAUACUUAAUUGAGUUCACUUAUAAUGUAACAGUGUUAGAGUCUCAAGCAGUGCGAGUCACCGUGAGCAGCCUUAGGAGCAGCAACACAUACCCCCUCUUGGUAGUGGUGAGGCAGCAGCGAGGAGUCUUAUCCUGGCAGUUACCUCUUGAGCCUCCGCCAAACACUCGUAUUUUAGAAAAAUACUACACUGUUUCACAUACCCUGUGUCCUGUAAAGAAUUUCAAGGUGACAUAUCAGGGAAAUCUUGACAUGACUCAACGGCUAUUUGUGGAUAUAUCUACAUCUUCACCUACAAAUUUGAACUUCACAGCCACAGCGGAGUUUCUGACCAAGUUUCACAUUGACCUCCAUACUGACAGGGUGUUUGAUGUCACACCAUCUCAGCCAAUGUUUUAUGAAUUCAAGUUCCCUGAACAUGUUGAUAUGGUACUAGUGAAAGUCAUUGCUGAGGACGACUUUUGUGCUAUGGUUGCAAUUCAGAAUAUCACAUGUCCUGUGUUUGAUAGUGAAGAAAAUGUCCAGUAUGGAAAUUAUUACCAAACUAUGACCUAUCGAGCAGGUAUCACAGUGAGGAAAGUUGAUUAUCCAGAAGGGCUGUAUGUGGUAGUAGUGGUGCUGUCUACUGAUGAAGCUUGCUCAGGCUCCUUUCAACAUGUGUAUCGUACUCGCAAGAAGACCAUAACGCUCACAAUUGAAGAGAAAAUUACAAAAGUAGAAUAUCUUGGUGCCAUCUUUGCUGGUCUUGGCUACUGUGCUCUGUUUUAUGCUGUAGCAUUGAUCUUGGGCUGCAUAUCAUGUAUCAGGGAGAAGCGUAAGCAGCCUCGUGCUCGCAGUCUCAUGGAUGAUUCCAUCUUGGCAACAUCAGACGAGCCAGGUGCUCAGGGAUCAUCAUCUUAUGGAGCUGUUACAGGGAAUGCAGGGACCAACAAGGAGGAGCACCCACCUUUGCCUAGAGUACCAUCUGACUCUUCACUCGAUGAGGAUGACAUUGACAUGCUUACUGAUGCUGAGAGUGAGAAGGAUGUAUUCAGAACGAAGACCUUCUUGUAUGUAAGUGACUUGGCUAGAAAGGACAUGAGGGUUUUGACCAAAAAGUCUCAGUUAUACAUCUGGGGCUUGUUGACAGUUGGGAUAUUCUAUGCUGUUCCUGUCAUCCAGCUGGUGAUAACAUAUCAGAAGGUUCUUGAUGAGACAGGAAACCAAGACCUGUGCUUCUAUAAUUUCUGGUGUGCCCAUCCUCUUGGUCCACUGACAGACUUCAAUCAUGUUUUCUCCAACAUUAGCUACAUCCUCUUUGGCAUCCUGUUCAUUACCAUGUGUGCACGUAGGAAUCACCAGCAUAAAUUGGCUACAAAAGUUGACUUCAAGAUUGACAAGUACUAUGGGAUUCCCCAGCACUUUGGUCUUUUUUAUGCAAUGGGUGGGUCACUCAUUAUGGAGGGCUUUAUGAGUGCCUGCUACCACAUAUGUCCUAAUAAUUCAAACUACCAAUUUGACACUUCAUUCAUGUAUGUGAUAUCUGUACUCUCUAUGUUGAAGAUCUACCAAACUCGCCAUCCAGAUAUCAAUGCAAGUGCCAGUGCCACUUAUGCAGCAUUGGCAGCUGCUGUUCUCUUAGGAGUGAUUGGGGUUCUGAGUGGCACUCUUCUAUUUUGGAUCAUAUUUGGUUUCAUCCAUGUCAUUGCCUGCCUUCUGCUGUCGUGCCAGAUAUACUAUAUGGGCAGGUGGAAACUUGAUUUUGGAGUCCUCAAACGUUUCAAGACAUGGUUUUUGAGUGAGAUCAGUGACCGCCGCCAAAUGUGUCGACCGAUGUACUGUGACCGCAUGGUGCUGCUGAUGCUGGGCAAUGCAGCCAACUGGGGAUUGGCUAUUUAUGGCAUGGUGUCCACUCCCAGGGACUUUGCUUCUUACCUCUUGAUCAUAUUCCUCACAAACCUUUUGCUUUAUAUUGCAUUUUAUAUCAUCAUGAAGUUGAGACAUGGUGAGCGUCUCCUCCUGCAACCAGUCAUUUACAUGGUGCUCUGUGCUGCUGGUUGGAGCACAGCUGUGUAUUUUUACACACAGCAUACCACCACCUGGGAACUUACUCCAGCACACAGCCGCCAGUAUAACCAGGAGUGUGUUUUGUUACAUUUUUAUGACACACAUGACAUUUGGCAUUUCCUUUCUGCUGGAGCUAUGUUCUUUGGAUUCAUGCUUCUGCUAACGCUUGAUGAUGAUCUAAGUCAGACACCACGUGAAAAGAUUCCAGUCUUCUAAAAUAGAGAUUAUUUACAAAACUUUAAUGCAGGUUAUAUGAAAAUAGAAAAUAGUAUUUGUGUAUUGUAUGUAGCAUUUUGUUUCUUUAAUCUACUAUAAUUUAUAUAUGCACAGUAAAUUUCUUUUUACUUGGCACAAUAGUCUUUGCUGAGUUUUUUAAUUUUCUGAGUUAUGAAAAUUCUUUAUUCCCCUUCCCCAUUUUUGCAUAAACAGUCAAAAUUUUAAAAACUCUUCACUACACAGCAGCAGUAAAAGCUUAAGGGGAAGGAGUGGCUAUAGUCAUGAAGUCUAAGCAGAUGGGAUUCAUUCAGAUAACCUCACAACAAUACUGCAUUACAUCUACUGCAGUCAUUUAAUUCAUCACAUUGUUCUGUACUGUACAGUGUAAAUUGACAGCAGGAUUUUGUAAAAACUCAUUGUCUUGCUGGUUUGUCUCAAAUUCCAAGUUAUACAGUGCUUAGUGAAGGAUUUUACUGCAUGUAUUUGUACUAUAUAUAUAUAUAUAUAUAUAUAUAUAUAUAUAUAUAUAUAUAUAUAUAUAUAUAUAUAUAUAUAUAUAUAUAUAUAUAUAUAUAUAUAUAUAUAUAUAUUGGAUGUUUUAUGAUUUGUCAACAAUAUUAUAAUAUAUCUAUAUGUACUACAAAUUAAAUUUAAUGUAGUGUUUAAGGUGUUGCAGGCCAAUGGAGCAUUCUGGUAUUGGUUAAUUCUGUGUUACUUUCUGUGAUCUACAUAAUAAAUAAACAAUUCCUGAUAAGUAUACAUUAAGUUAGUGUAUAUACUCAUGUAGAAAAAAGUAAUAUAUUACAUGUGUUAUUUUUGUAACAGUUUUUAUACUAAUAUUUAAGAUGUCUUUUUUCCAUAUAUGUACUGAAUUUCUCUGACUGUCUUAUAUUAACAUGUAAAAUUAUAUUGUUGUAGAAUGUUAUUUAGAUUGAUUUGUAUAUUUUGUUACAACUGACAGUCCUAUUAGUUGUUAAGUGAAAAGGGAACACCUUGGGAACAGAUAUGAAGUAUUAUCUUAAACUGAAUAAUGUUGGGUAAUGAAAGCCAGCAACUCUACAUUAAAAAAGUUGAGAAUCUGUCUGCUUUCUGUUGGACUUUCCACCAUAUUUGCUUGUACGUCACCUGUUAUUCCCCCUACACUAUUUCAUCACCUUGCUCUCUCUCUCUCUCUCUCUCUCUCUCUCUCUCUCUCUCUCUCUCUCUCUCUCUCUCUCUCUCUCUCUCUCUCUCUCUCUCUCUCUCUCUCUCAUACCAUAUAUAUAUUUUUCUUACAGAAUGACCAAUAUUAUCUUCAGAAAUUGUCACAUUAAAUCACAAUCUCUCACCUCAACUCUGUAUCCUCUCAGUGCAGGCAACAAGCAGCCAUCAGAUUCUUCCUUGGUUUUGGGGAUGCCUCUGUGAAUUCCCCUCAUGGUGUUGGUGGUGAUGGUUGAGGCCACAGUACCUUCUAAGAGUCAUUUACUGCCUAAGAAAAUAUGAAAUGAAUAUGUACACUUGA